AGGUCGCAUUUGAUUAUUCCUAAUAAGAAGUAAACAAGUAGUAAGAAGUGUAUAUAGCAUGCAAUCAAAUUAUUUGGAAACCAUCAAUUCUUAUAAACUACUUACGUUUGUAUGUAAGUGUUUAUACGAAAGAAAUGUGGGUAAAUCCAAUGUGAAUAACUCAUUAAUAAAAUAUUAAAAGACGGAGAGCCACUUUAUGCUUGCAACUUAACGGUCAAUUUCUCAGUCUUAUAUACUAAUACAUACAUAUGUGCGUAAGAAACGAAGUUCUUCUAUAAAUAAUAUAUCUAGUUUUCUUCAAAAUGUUAACGAAAGCGUUCCUUUGCAGUGCGGUGCUCUUGUAUUACUUUGCGUUAAAAGCUUUUGCUCAAGUGCAAUAUCCUAAUUUCUAUGAUAAUCGCGAAGAAAGACAAGAAGUACCGUCAUUUAAUAACAACCCUUUUCUGAGUACCUUAAACAGACCUAAUUCCGAUAAUAGAGCUAAUAACGACAAUUCCGAUUCAUUUGUUUAUCCAUCUGAUUUGGAACAUAAUUAUUUUGAAGAAAGCGCAGUUUCAAAAAGCGAACAAAAAUGCAAGGAAUAUGCAAAACUUGUAUCAAACACUGUAAGUGCUAUCCCACUAUUAGUUAACCCCGAGCAAAUAGACAUAAGUGUAUCAAAAUGUGAAUACAGCGGUAUUCCACUAAUAGUUGGCGGAAGUCCAGCCCUAGCAGGAGAAUUUCCUUUCAUGGCUGCUGUUGGUGGGUACAAUUCGGAUAAUGAGCUACAAUGGUUUUGCGGAGGUACAUUAAUAAGUGAGAGAUAUGUGGUUACCGCCGCACAUUGUGUUAAAUCGUCAAGGGGUGCGCCUAGCCUAGUUAGGCUAGGAGACUUGGAUCUUAAUAGGGUCGACGAUGGUUCAGAACACAGAGAAUACUCAGUGGCAGAUAUAAUCGUUCACGAAAAUUACCGACCACCUGUAAAAUACAACGAUAUUGCUUUGCUUAAACUCAAUAGAGAAGUUGAAUUUUCUAAAUUUAUAAGACCUGCUUGCUUAUGGACUAAAUUCUCUACUGGACAAGACAAAGUUAUAGCCACUGGUUGGGGAAGAACAGGAACUGGCGAAGAGCAAAGUGAUAGACUCUUAAAAGUUGGGCUUAGUGUAUUCCACAAUUCUGAAUGUGAUAGAACAUUCCCAACUACUAUGCAAAUAUAUCGCAGGGCACUACCACAAGGCAUCACCGAUAAAAUGAUGUGCGCAGGAGAAAAAAAAGGAGGAAAAGAUACUUGCCAGGGCGACUCUGGUGGACCCCUAGUAAUAACUGAUAGAAAUAAUCAAUGUUUAUUUUACGUUGUUGGAAUAACAUCGUUUGGUAAAAAUUAUUGUGGGGCACAAAACUCACCUGCAGUUUACACAGCAGUAUCACAGUUCAUUCCUUGGAUUGAGAAGCAUAUUUGGUGAAGACACAAUAUCAAUAGUAAAUUUUGUGUACGUAAUAAAAUCAAUAAGUACAUUGCUUAUUAUACUUUUAUGAUAUUAAAACAAUUUAAUAUUUGCAUCUAA